AUCCUGCCUCUCUUCCUCUCUUUACCUCUGGUCUUGAGCUUGUAGUCCACCACUGUCCUUCCCUUCGGCACGUUUGUUGCCUUUGCACUCCUUCGUCGCCAGUCGACCCACACUCUUUCUCGCACAGUCCUAGCGACUUGCUCUGUUCCUGUGACAUACUACUACUUUGCGCUUGACCCAACGACACAUACACGAUGAAGUCCCAGUCCAUGCUCCUCGCGGCCCUGGCCUCUGCGCCGGUUGCCCUCGCUCACACUGCGUUCACCGACAUUUACGUCAACGGCGUCCCUCAGGGUGAUGCCGUCGCUAUGCGCAUGAGCACCAACCCGGAGCGUUCCACUGCGCCCAUCUCCAGCCUGGGCAGUGACGACAUGGCUUGCAACGCCGGCGGUACCAAGGGCGUAGCCCGUGUGGCUUCUGUCCCCGACGGUGCCACUCUCUCCUUCGAGAUCCGCGCCUGGCCCGCAGACGCCUCCAAGGAGCGUCUCGAGCGCGGCCACAAGGGCCCCUGCGCCGUCUACCUGAAGAAGGUCGCCUCCGCCAUUGACGACCCCGGCGCGGGCGACGGCUGGUUCAAGAUCUUCGAGAAUGGCUACGAUGCCAGCUCCUCCAGCUGGUGCUCCGACAAGAUCAUCGACAACAACGGCCUCCUCAACGUCAAGCUCCCCACCGGCCUCGAGGGCGGCGCCUACCUCGCCCGCCCGGAGAUCCUCGCCCUCCACGCCGCCAACGACAACGACCCCCAGUUCUACACCGGCUGCGCCCAGAUCUUCCUCGAGAGCACCGGCUCCCUCGUCCCGGAGUCCACCGUCUCCAUCCCCGGCUACGUCGACUACGGCCAGCCCGGCACCAAGUUCGACAUCUACAACUCCGACGCGUCGACAUACGAAAUGCCCGGCCCCAAGCUCGCCACCCUGGUCUCGUCGAGCGCGCAAACCGCAAACUCCGAGGCCAUGACCCAGACCGAGGGCACCAAGCCCGCGGGCUGCCUCGCCGAGAACGGCAACUGGUGCGGCUCCGAAGUCUCCGACUACACCACGGAGAAGGGCUGCUGGGCGUCCGGCGAGGAGUGCUGGGCCCAGGCCGAGGAGUGCUUCGCCGCGGCCCCGGUCACCGGCGCCGCGGGCUGCAAGCUGUGGCAGACCAAGUGCCAGGGCAUCAACGACGCGUGCACGGCCGGCGACUUCCAGGGCCCGCCGAACAAGGGCAAGGUGCUGACCCAGGACAAAGAGAGCAUCGACGUCGGCGCCGUGCUCGACGGCGGCGUGACCGGCGGCGCUGCUACCCCGGCCAAGCCCAAGCCGUCGUCUGCGGCACCUAAGCCUUCUUCUGCGGCUCCCAAGCCUUCUUCCGCGGCCCCCAAGCCCUCGUCUGCUGCCCCCGCCCCAUCCUCUGCCGCCCCCGCGGCCCCCGCCGCGCCUUCCUCCGCGCCCGCCGCCUACCCCACCGCCAUCGACGACUACGCAUCGCCGCCCAUCAUCGACACGGAAGACGCCUCGGCCGAGGACGAUGCCGAGGCGCCGGCCCCAGCACCCGCGGCGUCCUCCACCGUGCCCUCGUACGACGAGGCGCCGGCCACGACGCCCGCGCCCGAGGUCCCUGCGUCCGAGGAGGGCGGCUCGAGCUGCCAGCCCGGGUGGGCGUGCGUGACGGUCACGGAGAUCGAGACGGUGGUGCAGUAUGUGACUGUUGUUGCUGGGGAGGGGGAGUACAAGAAGAGGAGUGGGGCGCGGGUGUUCAGGCACCGUCACGUGCGCCGCUGAAGAGCGUCGUGGAAAACAUCUGGAUGGGAAGGGUGAUUUGAAAGGUGGAGAUUAUUUCUGCAACAUCAGCGUUGCGAGCUUAGCUCUUUUUGGGAUUCAGAUUUGAUGGAGGUUAUGAGACCACGGCUCGAGACAAUGGAUCGGUACGGUUUACGCUUUG